CCUGAGCGCGCGCCGGGGGUGGUCGCGGGGCACGCGCCGGGCCGCCCCCUCCCCACGCGGGGCGCGCGUGCGCGGUUCCGCUGCGGCCCAAGGAGCCGCGAUGGAGCGCACUGUGACUGUUCGCCAGGCAAUAAAUGCAGGGGAUUCAAGCUUUGCCCCUGAGCCACAGGAAGAGUUAGAGGAGAAUCCUAGCCCAGUUGCGGAUGAGAAUAAUACAGUGUCAGCAAAAAAACAGGGGCCAAAUUUACAUAACUGGAGUGGUGACUGGAGCUUUUGGAUUUCAAGUGCCACCUAUAAAGACAGGAAUGAGGAAUACAAAAGACAGUUCACACACUUACCUGAUACAGAGAAGCUGAUAGCAGAUUAUGCUUGUGCUCUUCAGAGGGACAUUUUGCUUCAGGGACGUCUCUAUCUUUCAGAAAACUGGCUGUGUUUCUAUAGCAACAUCUUCAGAUGGGAAACUACAAUUUGUAUUGCAUUAAAGAACAUAACCUUCAUGACCAAGGAGAAAACUGCUCGACUCAUCCCAAAUGCUAUCCAGAUUGUUACAGAAAGUGAAAAGUUUUUCUUUACAUCUUUUGGUGCCAGAGACAGAAGUUACCUCAGUAUCUUUAGGUUGUGGCAGAAUGUACUAUUAGACAAGAGCUUGACCAGACAGGAAUUCUGGCAGCUGCUCCAGCAGAACUAUGGUAAUGAGCUAGGCUUAAAUGCUGAAGAGAUGGAAAACUUGUCUUUGUCAAUCGAGGAUACUGUGCAGCCAAGAAGUCCAGGAAGAAGCAGCUUGGAUGAUUGUGGGGCGAGAGAUGAAAAAUUUUCCAAGUCCAUCAGUUUUACACGAGAAUCAGUUAAUCGUGUUUCAGAGACAGAGUCAAUUGAUGGAAAUUCACCGAAAGGGGGGUUAGGGAAAGAGGAACCCCCAAGUGAGAAACAGAUCAAAAAGAGUCCUUUACUAACUUCAGAGAAGAGGUUAAGUAGAGUGCCAUCAAAAUCACUGGACUUGAAUAAAAAUGAAUAUCUUUCUCUGGACAAAAGCAGCACUUCAGAUUCUGUUGAUGAAGGAAGACCUACUCUGGCACCCAGUGGCCAGAUAGAAAAUAUGCCUGAGAAAGAUCUUCAUGGAAGACUUUAUAUCAACCGUGUUUUUCAUAUCAGUGCUGAGAGAAUGUUUGAAUUGCUCUUCACCAGUUCACGCUUCAUGCAGAGAUUUGCCGAUUCUAGAAAUAUAAUAGAUGUAGUGUCCACCCCUUGGAAAAUAGAACCUGGAGGUGAUCAACUGAGAACCAUGACCUACACUAUAAUCCUUAAUAAUCCACUUACUGGAAAGUGCACCACUGCCACUGAAAAGCAGACACUGUAUAAAGAAAGUCGGGAAGCACAAUUUUAUUUGGUAGAUUCAGAAGUACUGACACAUGAUGUUCCCUACCAUGAUUACUUCUAUACCCUGAACAGAUACCAUAUCAUUCGAUCCUCAAAACAGAAAUGCCGGCUGAGAGUUUCUACAGAUGUGAAGUACAGAAAACAACCAUGGGCCAUUAUCAAAUCUCUAAUUGAAAAGAAUUCCUGGACUUCAUUGGAGGACUAUUUCAGACAGCUUGAAUCAAACUUAUUAGUGGAAGAAUCUGUGUUAAAUCAGUCCGUUGAAGACGCUGGAAAACUUAGUGGCUUACGAAGGAGAAGGCGAACAUUCAACCGAACAGCAGAAACAGUUCCUAAACUUUCUUCUCAGCGCUCUUCUGGAGAUGUGGGCUUGGAUGCCAAAGGGGAUAUUUCAGGAAAGAAAAAGGAAAUGGAAAUCUGUAAUACUGCCCUUAUUGUGGUGAUGAGUAUUUUUUUGCUGUUGCUAGUUCUGUUGAAUGUGACGCUGUUUCUGAAGCUGUCAAGGAUAGAAUCUGCUGCUCAGUCCCUUUACCAUCUCCACCUCCAAGAAGAGAAAUCUCUGCAUUUAGCCUCUGGUAUGCUGUCAAGAGCAGAAAGUAUUGAGAAGAACAAAGACCAGGCCCAUCGUUUAAGAGGAGUGCUCCGAGACUCUAUCGUGAUGCUUGAACAGUUAAAGAGCUCACUUGUUAUGCUUCAGAGAACUUUUGAUCUACUAAAUAAAAACAAGACUGGCAUGACUGUCAAAAGCUAGUGAUCUCAAGGCCUGAAACUGUAGAGAUACUUGGAACUAAAAGAAAACGUCUUAAAGAAAACCAGAGGAUGAAGGAUUUUAAUUGUCACAGGAACAUUUCCAUAUUUUCUCAUUAUUGGUACUUUUAAUAUGAACAAUCUUUUUAAUAACAUUAAUGUGAUGACUAGUCUCUGAUGGCCUUAAUGAUCCAUUCUUUCACUUCUUAUACGUAAUUCUAAGCAGUGGAUUUCUCCAGUGGAAUUAUUCUCCAGUGGAUAUUUCAGGUGAAAUAUGUUGUGGACUUGAAUUUCUACAAUACAAAAGAAAAUGAGACACUCCAAACUGAGUAGUAUGGCCUUGUUUUUACAGUGAGAUUUGAAGUUUGAUGCUUUAUCUGUUAGCACAGAAUCAGUACGUGUUCGACAGGCUGCUUUCCCAGUUGAGAUACACUGAAGAUGCUAAAGAAAAUUUAAGAAUAAACCUCUGUAUCAUUAUGAAUUGUGAAGGACCAGGUUUCAGGCACGUAUUAUAACAUUUCUAAGUUUGUGUACUGUAAAUAUUACAGUGUCUUCAUUUUUUCUUUAGCAUGGGAAUUCAGUAGUCAGGUUCUGAAUCUGCAACUUGGUAAUUAUUACUUGAAAGGUUCUUCAGCCGUUGUAUCUUUUUGAAGAUAGAUGUUUGAGGAGUUAUGAGAGGUGAGAUUAUCUUGCCUCUUCAUGUAUCAAAUGGUGGAAGAGUAAAUUCUGGAAAAGGAGACAUGUAGGGUACCAGCACUCAAAAUGAAGAACCACGUGCUGAUUUUAAAAACGAGAGGAUUAUGUUAAAAUCUGGGCACUCAGUGGCCGAUCAAAGGAAUACUUGAACUAAGCGUGGCUUUAGCUUAGCUCUCUUUCAUGGUGGAAGCGAACCACCUGGUUGAAAAUAAUCUGUGGAUUACUUUUCAGGAGUCAUAUAUGUCUUCACUUACUCAUUCACGUGUGUAGCUUGUUUCAGUUGGGAAGUUAUAACCAGACACAAACUUUAGCUCUUCAAUAAAAACUUUUGGGGGCACUGUGUCCCAGUACUAGUGCACUGACUGAACUUCUAGGCCAGACAGAAGCUUUGGCUCUUUCACAACAAUUUUUUAGGCAUGUAUGUCUCAAUAUGAUGUCUUUGGAACAAGAGAAAGAUAGUGCCGAGUAAUUUGUAUAUAUUCUUACUGUUUGAACAAUUGCUUCCCUUUAGUUAUAUGUUUCUUUUUUCCCCCAGAGUCACCAAAGCCACAUGAGAUAGCUAAAGUCAUUUUUGAGAUGCCUGUAGAGAAUGAAAGUAUUAACUUCAUUACAGGGAAAAUGGAUUUCUCUGGGUGGUUCCCAACAAACCUACAUUGGGGUACCAGUGUACUUACCUGGGGUUUUUGAAAAAAGGAUUUAUGAAGUGUCUGGCUGUACGAGUCACCGGAUAUUAAACUUGAAGACUUGUUCUCUGUUAAAUUCACAAAAAUGAUCAGUGGCAAGCUGAAUGUUUUUGUGAUGUUAUUUAAAACUUGUACUUCAUAAACAUACCUCAAAGGAAAUUAACAAAGUUGCUUUAUAGAUUGACUGAACAUGUAUGCAUGCAGAAUUCAAUUAAUUGCAUUUCAGCCUGUUAAUGUAAAUUGAUACCAAUAAAACCCAAAAUGUCUGA